AUGGCCCCUUUUGUCAUCAAUCAGGUUAAGUUCGCCGAUUGCUACGUCCAAGACAAGGUCCCUGGAGGAACUGGUCUUUAUGCUGCUCUUGGCGCACGGGCUGUGACCGCAAAGAACGAGUCCUCGAAAGUUGGAUGUAUUGUCAUCGCGGGAUAUGACUUCCCCGACGACGUCCUCGGAUGGAUCCAGAGCUGGGGCAUGAACCUCUUGGUGCAUCGGGAAACCGGCAAAACUUCAACCAGAGGUCUCCUCAAGUACCACGAUAAGAAUUUUGCUGAAAAAACCUUUUCAUUCUUCGCAUCGCCGCUUCUUACGCAAGUCUUUCAUCUACACGGAUCACCUCUGCUCGGGGCAUCUGCAUUCCACUUUCUGGAAGUUCCAGAUAUACUCGAGGUCCAGAUUAAUCAGCUAAGAUCAACUCGAACUGUUUCCGCCAUUGGGGGGGUUCCAAAAAUUGUGUGGGAGCCAAAACCUUCGGCAUGUCAAAGUAACGGGCUCGACUCUCAUCUCCGUGCGUGUAAACUCGUCGACGUCUUUUCGCCUACCCAUAUCGAAUUGCAAUCCCUCAUCGGUUGUGACAUCAAUGCGUCCUUCAGCCGUGUCAGCAUUGAGAGCUGUGCCGAAAUUUUCCUGGCCUCGGGCAUUAGUUCUACUAGUGCUGGAUAUGUUGUGGUUCGCUGUGGCAAGUAUGGUAACAUGGCUCGGUCCCGCCAAGGGUUCUGCCAAUGGUUCCCUCCAUAUCAUACGUCUACAAGUCAUGUUGUCGAUGCUACCGGUUCUGGUAUUUCUUUUCUUGGUGGCUUCACUGUAGGCAUGAUAAAAUCUGGAGGAGACAUCACUGAAGGUAUGAUCUACGGAACCGUAGCUGCAAGCUUGGUCAUCGAACAAUUCGGUCUUCCCACCUGCCAAGCAUCAGCUUCUGUGGAAGUAUGGAAUGAUUUAGAUGUGGAGAAAAGGAUACGCGAGUAUCGCCAGCGAAUUCGACCGGCGUGA